UGCAACAACCAGUUCUUGGAAUUGUAUUUUUAACAUUACAAUAAACUUUAUUACUGGCGGUUCAAGGAAAUUUUGUAAACAAUGGCUGAUGGUGAGGAUAUUGAAAGUUCGAUGGACAAACAAUUCAAUGAUAAUGACGGCGGUAAACCGGAUAAAAUGUUUACAUUAAAGAAAUGGAAUGCUGUAGCUAUGUGGAGCUGGGAUGUUGAGUGCGAUACUUGUGCAAUUUGCAGAGUUCAAGUCAUGGACGCGUGUCUACGCUGUCAGGCGGAGAAUAAACGUGAGGUGCUUGGACGCCAGGAUUGUGUCGUAGUUUGGGGAGAAUGCAAUCACUCAUUCCAUCAUUGCUGCAUGUCGCUGUGGGUGAAACAGAAUAAUCGCUGUCCACUCUGUCAACAGGAAUGGUCCAUACAACGCAUGGGCAAGUGAGCACUCAUGGAAGCGCAACAGUUGUAAUAGAACUGAUUAUAGAUUUUCUAAAUUUUAAGCAAACAAUUGGUAAUUGGUAUUAUGUGAGCUAAUUUUUUCUCAAUAGAUUUAAGUUUCAACAUGUAAUAGUUUAGGCGAAUGGUGAAAAUGUAUAUGAAGAGAAGAGCACAUCUGUAAUAAAAUGUAUUUGAGAGCAAAGAGAA